UGUAUUUAUUACAGCAAGAUGUCAAAUAAAAUAGGGGGAAAUCGCAUCUAACCACUGCAAUAAGAAAGUUCAGUGGAGUAACAUGCAACAGAGGAUGAGCGCGCUCACAAGAGCUGGACUGAGCGCGCGCGCCGAGGGAUGAAGCUCGAGCGGUUCCAACACACGCCAGUAAAUUACUUCGACUGGAUUUAUGAAAAUUGAACUUCAGAAUGCAUAACAGCUUGACAGUAUGAAAUAGAUCCGCACAAGUCUUUGACGCGGAGGAAAUGUGGCGAGGUGUGCGUUUCUGGCAACAGCUGGGGCUUUUAUACCGGCAGUAUUUCGCUUUCCUGACAGGAAAUCUGUUUCUGGAGAAAUAAUAUUUUACGGUCCUCAUUUACUAAGGCGCUGCACCUCAACCAGUUUUGAUGAAUCUGCAGAUUUGUUCCCCGCGUAAAACACUUCAGGAACAGAACCGCGCAAUGUUUAGUCGUUUUGGGGAGCUUUGGAGCGUUUAACGGGAGGUAAAACCGCGCGCGUCGAAGGACUCAGACCUACUCCAAAAUGUGCCAAGGCGACGCCGCAUCGAAACAACGCACUGAAGGGUCGCUAAAGGAAGCUGGAAAGCUUUUCCUGAAGCACACGACCUUCCACGGAUUGAGACACGUCUUUCUGAGCGGCUCGUACCCGCGCAGGGUCGCGUGGCUGCUGGCGUUUCUAACGGCAUUGGCGCUGCUUUUCACUUGGUCCUCCAACCGGGUCCGAUACCUGCUCUCGUCGCCGGUGUACAGCAAGGCGCAUAUGGUUUACGCGAAACGCCUCGUAUUUCCCGCCGUGACGAUUUGCAACCAGAACAUCUUACUGCCGCGUCGUAUGAAGAAACCGGACAUAUUUAGCGCGGGACGGUGGCUCGGACUCUUCGGGAAAAACUGGCAGGUGUCCCCCGUGGUUCGAGAGGCGCUAGCGGCGCACGUUGAUGGAGCUAAUAACGAGCCUCCCUGGUCACCGUUAUCUCGCAUACUGGACUUCAACCACUUUCUCCCUCCUCCUCGGGACUCUCAGCCCUCCAUGAGGCAGUUAUUGGACCGUCUGGGGCAUCAGCUCGAGGAGAUGUUGCUUUAUUGUCGAUUUCAAGGGCAGCUGUGCGGACCGCGCAACUUUAGCACCGUGAGUUUGUGCGCAUUUACGACAUUAUCACGGUUUUUAAAUGUAGUGGUCAUAAUGCAGUAUAACAG